GGCUGUGAAUCCGCGGCCUGUUUACCCGCUGCUCCUCCUCUCUCUGAGUGCAGCAUGGCGGCGGCCACAGGUCGCGGGGUUGAGCGGUCAGCGGCGGCGGAUCCGCCGGGAGACGCGCUGCAGUACAGCGUCCUGCUGCAGCACCUGAUCGGGGACCGGCGGCAGAUUAAAGAGCUGAGCCCGGGGGUGAUGGGGGGCUUACCGAGCCCCCAGAAAACUGAGGAGCAGAAGAUGAUCGAGCGCGGGAUGGAGAGCUGCGCCUUUAAAGCGGCGCUGGCCUGUAUAGGAGGUUUCGUGUUAGGAGGAGCUUUUGGCGUCUUCACAGCAGGUAUUGACACCAAUGUUGGGUUUGAUCCAAAAGACCCAAUGAAGACCCCCACAGCGAGAGAGGUUUUGAGAGACAUGGGUCAGAGAGGAAUGUCUUAUGCCAAAAAUUUCGCUAUUGUGGGUGCCAUGUUCUCCUGCACAGAGUGCAUCAUAGAAUCACACCGUGGUAAAACUGACUGGAAGAAUGCUGUAUACAGUGGCUGUAUUACUGGAGGUGCGAUUGGAUUCAGAGCUGGUUUGAAGGCUGGAGUUCUUGGCUGUGGAGGUUUCGCUGCGUUCUCUGCUGCCAUUGAGUACUACCUCAGAUGAACGUCUGACUCUGGAGCUCCUGAUUCAGGCUGGACAUCAUCCCACUGGGAUGCACUAGAGCUCAUGCAGCCAACUGUGGAUGUAAGACUGCAUUUUGGCAGGACUUUUGCUUGUCAAAUGAUCUGGACCUGUUUUCAUGGCCAGCAAACGUUCCAAUCCCAUUCCUGAGUGGACCAGCUGGACAAGUGUAUAUUGUGUUGAUGUGUUUUUUGUGUGAAUAGUUGAGUUCUGGCUGCUUCUCUGCGUUUUGAUGCUGAACUAUAGUAAACAUGACGCACACAGACCAUCUAAUAACUUGCUUCUUGGUCACCAAGUGAAGUAGGAAAAAGUGUUUUUUUUUAUUAUUAUUAUUAAUAUAAGAAAAUAAUUAUGGGUGGCAUAUUGGAGGUAUCAUUGUGACUUGUCCUGUCGAUGAAUGCUCAUUGAUAUUUCUGAUGAAAGUAAGAUGAGUGCUUGUAAUUAAAUAUUAAAGAGUGUUUGGAUGGCC